AUGUCUGGAGUCGAGGUCCCAGCUUUUCUAAUCGGAGUGGCAGGUCUCUUCGGCUCAUGUGUGGAUGCGUUUGCCUAUUUUAAACUUGCCCAGCGCGCGGACAGAGAGGUUGAAGUCGUGUUGCUCAAAUUGGAUAUCGAAAAAACAAGGCUCUUAAUCUGGGGUGAUCAGGUUGGUAUGUUCUCAGCAAGCCACCAAGACCACAGGCUUCUCGACAAGCGUGUGGUCGGACUCAUUCAACGGAUCCUAUCCCAGAUCGAGAGUCUCCUGACAGACUCGGAAAAGUUGCGAGCCUCGUAUGGAGUGCGAAACCCGGACUCUUCAUUGGAUAAGGCUGUCGAUUAUGUGAGUUCGAAGAGCCUUGCCGUGUUUCGAACAUCUGCGAGUCGAUUUUGGACCAGGAACGCAUCAAAAUUGGCCACAAAGACCACAGGAAAGCUCCUGAGGACAAAGUGGGCGAUAUACGAGCGGGAGAAGUUUCAGUCGCUAAUCAAUGACCUGAGCGACUUCAUCGACAAUCUCUUCGAGCUAUUCAAGGUCGCUCGAGAGGUUCAAGAUAGGGUCAUUAUCGAAGAUAUCGAAUCGAUCCUCGAUAUAGCGCAUUUAGACAUCAUCGAAGAAGCUACAGAGGACUCAUAUCGGAGAUACUCGCAGGCAGCCGCCUCUGUACGGGCAUUGACAGAGGCUGGAACGGUCGAUCGCAGAACUGUGGAAGAGCAUCUGAGAGAUGUAGAAGAUGCUACAUGGUCGAAUCACUCCACCGGUAGACAGUCAUUCCAGAAGGAAGACUCGGGUAUAGGCCUGAGGAGCAUUCUUGAGUGGGUUCAGCAAUGGGAGUCUCAUGCACGUUAUUCGAACUAUAACGCUCUCGUCAACCAUUUGGAUAUCGUUUGGCUAGACCGCCGACUCGAUUGUCUUGACUACGAACAACCGUACGAUUGCAAGGAGACAGCAGAUGGAAGCAAGAGAGUUCUUAUUCUUGGCGAAGCUGACUACCUCACUUCUUUGAUGCAGAAAGCCCCUGGCCGUAUCGCCAGGGCGACAGAAAUAUGGACUUUCGACCAUAGGGGCCCGACACGCACUUACAGCGGUCGGUUCUUCGAACACUCUUUCGGUAACCAGUCACCUCCUCAAGCGCGGAUACAGCUAGCUACCUCAAAGAUAGAGGUGGAGAUGUCAGCCGCGAGGAAGUCUUCCGAUCCUCUUUCAUCAGGAGGUAAACGGCGAAGACUAGAGACCGGUUGGGUGGCAAACGGUGGAGGUGAGGGUGAAGACAAGGACGAGGACGAUGACCAAGACCAGGACCAGGACCAGAGUAAGAACGAUAAGGACGACGAAGACGAUGGUGGAGAAGAAGAUGAGGAUGAGGAUAUGGGGAACCAAAGCCACGAUUCCAAGAGUUAG